CGUCGUCAUCGUCGUCGUCGUCCGUCGUCGUAACGUUUAUCAUAAUACAAAAGUGGGGACGAAGAAAUCGCAUUAUCUCCCGCAAGUGAUAUGAGAUUAAUAAGUUGGGUUCUGUUUGGUCUUUCUCAGUUUUGGGAAUAUUUGAUGUGAAAAAAAAUUAAGAACAGAGAUAAGAUAGUCAUAAUUUGGGAAAUCGACCAAUAAGAUUGAGGGUCGUCAUUGUGAAGCCGGUAUUCGUAUCGAUAAGCAAGCUCGCUAUAUCGAAGAGUGAAAAUAAAAUAAAAGGUCAAAUUAUUACAAGAUUCUUUGGCGGGCGUUUCGGAGACGUGGCAAAAUUAAGAAUAAUAUCAGUCUGGCUGAAUUAAUCAUCGCGGUGUCAUCGUGAAACUGAAAUUCAAUAUUCGUGAAGAAGUUUUGGUGAAAAAAAAAUGAAUUUUGUCAUCGUAUUGUUAAUCGCGUUGGUUUUUGUUGGUAAUGUCAUUUGUUCGGAGCCAGAACAUGUUUCCCCCGGCAAUACAGAAGGCAUGGAACACAAUCAACAACUGCCAUCCCGUGAUGAACUUUUGAACAUGCUCGAUUCUAUGACCGGUUUGUCCGACGAUGAGAAGGAAAAUUUGCGACAAGAUUUACUUCGCGGAAUGGAUAACGAUCAGGAAGUACCUACCGGGAAAAGAGGAGCUUUAGCAACCGAACAAACACUCUUGCUGUUCGCCUUGCUUGGAUUACUCGCUCUCAUUUUCCUAUUCUUCGGUUAUAAACUGUACAAAAGCUUGACGGAAAAGGAACGUCUGAGAAACGAGAAGAAACGUUUGAAGGAGAGCAAAAAGAAAAAUCGAUAGAAAACCUGUGAUAAGCGAGUGUAAAAACUAUAAACACAUAUACGUAUAUAUACGUAUGAUAUAUAUAUAUAUAUAUAUAGAUAUUAUAUAUCAUAUGGUUCAUUAUUUAAUAACGAUACAUCUUUAUUGUAUAAUUUAUCAACGAGCAUUGUUGCAACUAUUAAAAAAAAUAUAAUAUAUAUUCAUAUACA